UCACCAAGUUGCGGCGACGCCAUGACAGAAACUUGACCAAAUAAACCACCGAACUGUGGCAGCGAGGACAGCUUUGUCGCAUGAAUCAUGGCGGGACCCGAGAGUCCCGAGAGUCCCGAGAGGCAAGUUCUUCGCACAUCGGCCCAACGAUUCCGGACGAAGCUGAGCCCAAUGGUGGUGCUUCGACAGACCACAUCUCUGAGGAGAAUGAACCAUAUGACUACUCUGUUGAGAGGGAUGAUGAGUGGUUCCAACGUGACCUGACGAAACAGCCAUCGCCUGUGAAAACCAUGCAUCUACGGCCAGGUGUUGCAGUGAAGGAUUUGUAUACUGGAGAAUCCCGCUCAUCAGACAUGCAGAAGUACGAGGGCCAGAUGUCCCGACAGGAAUAUAUGGCCUUCAUGGGUUUCGAGAUUCCUGAAAUACAUGAGGAGGCCAGCACUGUGAUUGCUCAAGAGGCAAGAACUCAGGGGGAAUUCAACCGGGUGGAUGAAAUUCGAAGCCAAUUUCAGGAGCUGUCGUUGCUUUAUCCACCAGUCAGACUAGCACUUCCAUCUCGAAGACCACAAUCUGCUCCAACACGGCCGCGGAUUUCCAUACCUCAGCGUAAGGACAAGGCCAGCGGCGGAACCAUCAUUGCCAACAAGGAGCUGUUGCAAAAGUACUUUGGAUCAGGAGACUGAGUUCGAAUGAAAGAUCCAUGCGCCAAAAGGAAGACGCAAGCUUGGCCAAGAUCCACUGCAUCCAAUCAUGUUGAAGUGGAGUGAAUCAGAUCCGCAAGGGCCUACAGAUGCCUACAGUGUUACAGGGUGAGCCAGUGCAACUGUGGUCAACAUGCGCGAGAGUGAACAAGCAGGGGCUCCACUGGCGUUCAAAGGAAGCCUUCGACAAGCCUUUAUCACCGGUGAGUCAAUAUGCUUAGAACAUCUUAGAACGAUUUGAUUGACGAAGUGGUGACCCACCCAGUAGACACAUUCCGGAGUGUUGCAGCUGUGCGAAGAGAUGUUCAGCUUUCGACCGUAGUCCUGGUAGUCGCGAAUGCCCCUUGUGGAAGCACAAACACAAGCCCAGAUUUGUGCAGCAUCAAA